AACACAAUCACAUGGGAAUAGUGAACUGGCUAUCAGAGCCAACAUUAGAUGUGGAAGAUAGAUUUUAAAAAAAGGGCGUAACACAUAUAAAAGUGGUUCCGACACGGAAGAUACCGAAACGCAGUUUGAUCCAACGCGAGGAAGCACUUUCUUCCUCAAACGUGAAACCUCUGUAAUUAGUCUCAGUAUUUGCAAACCUUCCAAGACCGGCUGUGUAAUUUCGAGAGAACGAAAGGUAUCGCGGGGCCGUGAAAGUAGUUGAACUAUCAGGACCAAUUAAUGCCAGCCGCCACUGGAGAGAGGGACCAGCGAAGCCGAAAACAGCUGCGAUAAGGAUCAGUGCCAGCGGUGUGUCUGGGACCCAGGAGGAGGUGGGUGUUGGGUGUUGGGGUCCGCGGACCGUCUCCGGGUUCAGAUCACCCAGGACUUUAACCGAAAAUGGCAUCGGAGAUGAUCUUGGUGACGGGUGGAGCUGGUUACAUCGGUAGCCACUGUGUGAUUGAGCUGGUUAAAGCAGGAUACAAUCCCGUAGCGAUAGACAAUUUCCACAAUGCAAUUCGAGGUGUGGAUGGAUUUCCUGAAAGCCUUCGGCGCGUGCGUGAGAUUACAGGAACAGAGAUAAUCUUUCGAGAAGUUGAUGUGCUAGAUAAAUCUGCUCUACGUAAUCUCUUCAAAGAGUUUAGUUUCUCAACUGUGAUCCAUUUUGCGGGUGUGAAGGCUGUCGGCGAAUCUGUCCAGGAGCCUCUUUUUUAUUACAAGGUCAAUUUUGAAGGAACACUUAACCUACUGGAGAUCAUGAAAGAACAUGACGUCAAAGACAUUGUAUUCAGCAGUUCAACAACUGUAUAUGGUGAUCCUGUUUACCAACCUAUAGAUGAGGCACAUCCUGUUGGCAAUUGCUCAAAUCCUUAUGGGAGAAGCAAAUACUUUGUUGAACAAAUGAUCAGGGAUGUCUGUUCUACACACAAGGAUUGGAAUGCAGUGUUACUUCGAUAUUUUAAUCCUAUUGGGGCACAUGAAUCCGGACUAAUUGGUGAGGAGCCUCAGGGUAUUCCCAACAAUCUGUUGCCAUACGUUGCACAGGUUGCUAUUGGACGUCGGGAGUGCCUGAGUAUUUUUGGGAAUGACUAUGAUACGUGUGAUGGCACAGGUGUCAGGGAUUACAUUCAUGUUGUGGAUCUUGUAAAGGGACAUAUUGCUGCAUUGAAGAAACUUAAAGAGAAAUGCAACUGCAAGGUGUACAAUCUUGGUACUGGAACCGGUUAUUCGGUUCUACAGAUGGUGAAAGCAAUGGAAAAAGCUUGUGGGAGAGAGAUUAAAUAUCAGAUAGCUCCACGGAGAGGAGGAGAUAUUGCUUCCUGUUAUGCCAAUCCAGGUCUUGCAGAGAAGGAACUUGGAUGGAAGGCAGAGUUUGGAAUUGAUAAGAUGUGCCAAGAUACAUGGCAUUGGCAAUGCAAGAAUCCUCAUGGUUUCAGCAAGAAUGAGGAACCUGAUCUAAAACAAAGCAGUUAUUUUUAAGGUACCCAAAAAAGCUGGAGAAACUCAGCGGGUGCAGCAGCAUCUAUGGAGCGAAGGAAAUGGGCAACGUUUCGGGCCGAAACCCUUCUUCAAACUGUUUUUAAGGAAUGAUAACUUGUAAACCUUUUAAUCAAGGGUCUUUUGUGGUGGAUGGUUCUUUUGUUAGUGAGCAGAUCAGCAGUGAUUAAAUGCAGAUUCAUAGCUCUGAUAUUCCUGUUUGUAAAAUGAUGUUAAAAAUGCAAUGUAGUUGGGUAGAGCUAGUAGUCUGUACUUUUUAAGGAUAGGACGAGGCAAAAGAGAACAAAAUCAGAGCCCAGGAUGCUCAAUAUAGAGACUUUAAAAUUGAUCAUGCGAAUGCACUAAUUCCUUUACCCAGAGUAGAGAAAUCAAGAAACAGAGGACAUAGGUUUAAGGUGAGAUGGACAAGAUUUACUCAAAGGGUAUAUGGAACAAUCUGCCAGAGGAGCUAGUUAGCAGGGACUAUAACUGCACUUUAAUGGCAUUCGGACAGAUACAUGGAUAAGAAAGAUUUAGAUGGAUCUGGGCCAAAUGCAGGCAGGUGGGACUAGUGGAGAUAAGGAAAAUUGGUUGGCAUGAAGGAGUUGGACUGAAGGACCUGUUUCUGUGCUGUUUGACUCUGACUCGUGUUGAUAAAAACUCUGCCAGGCAGUGAAAGUGCAAUGGAAGUGAAAAUGAACGUGCAAAGUAUCUGGGUAGACAAAAAGCUGGUGGUGGAAAAUCUUAUAAGCACAUUGAUUUGGGACAGGAUUAAUAGUCACCUGGAGGAAAAUGAGUAAAGCAAUUAGGGCUGAGGGCAAAUUAAUGUGAUGUAUAAUGAGGGGAAUGAGUUAAUGUGAUGGAUAACAAGGGGAAUGACGAUGUGGUGCUCAAGGUCUUCCAGAGGGUCUUGACAAAGUUGCAUCAUCACAUGGUGUAAAAGGAAGAUUGAAAGCAUGCACAUGAAGUCAGCUAAACUAUAGACAGUCUCGGUAAAAGCGGAUAGGAAGGUGAAUAGCAGAUCCCACACGAUCACAGAGAUAGAAAGCAGGUUGGCUGAACUCAUCUGUUAAUAAACACAUACAUAUAAUAUUCAACUUUAUGAUCAUGGGCAGAUUCAAAAGACGGUUUCUGCUCCCACAUUCUGCUGUCACUUUCAAUAAAGCUACGAUUAGAGUCUGGCCUCUGGUAACUCCAUUUGUUCCUGAGAAUGAGAAGUUUGCACUGAUGAUUCCCUACCAUUUCACCUCUCUCAACAACAAUGAGCGGCUGAUAAUGCUUUAUGAGUCUGUUGCAGCCGCGAUGCACAGUGCACUUGUUUCUGAUCUCAUCAAUUAAUAAGAAUUACCCAAUCAGCAAUCUCAGCCUUCAGUCCUGGCUCCAAUUUCUUUUUUCAUUUAUUAUUACUGUUUCUUAAUCCUACCACCAAUUCUGUUCCAUAAUUGCCCGAGAUCUGGUCGUGUCCCUGCAAAGGCAAUUCUUAGCAAUUAUCUUCUUGGAAAGACUUCAAAACAUGAACCUUCAGGUAAUGCCUCGCACAGAAUUAGAAAAUCAUUGUUAAAAGGUUCUCAGCUAUGAUCUAAUGACUUGAUGCUUCCAAUCUGGCAAGCAUUUACUGUAUGUAUUAUUGAAUCAAUAAAUAACUUAUUAAAUGUGAUUUACAAUGAAUGACAACGUCAGAUUAUUAACGGUAAUGUUCUCAGGCUGUUUGGAAUGUGUCUGUAACCCCAAAUCCCCAGGCAAAGCAGAGGAGAGUUUACACCAAUGACCACAGUGAGCAAGUUUUAAUGAUUCAGCACCAUGCACUGAGGCAGAACUGAAUCGAGAUUUGAAUCCAGGUUUGAAAAGUAAGGGAAACUAGUGUUGGGGGAAAAUCUAAAACGACAAUUGUGCCCGAAUCAUUCACGAGCCAUUUGAGCUGGAAAGUGUUAAAAUUGAAUAGGUACAUCAAUUUCAAUUUUGGUGCCCUAUUUUGAUAAAUGAUAUUCUGAUGAAAACUCGGUAGUAUGCCUGUACACAGCCUAAAGAUACACAAAUGAAAUAUACAUCAAGAAAAAGAUUGACAAUUAUAAUGGUAAUUAAAAGAUCUGAGGUUGCUUGCAUAUGACUUGGUUUCAAUUCUUAGCUGGGGACUUGAAACACAGCAGUGAACUUCAGCGAUUUGUAUUCUACAGUCAGACAGGUGGAAGCUGUUCUGCAAUGAAGUUGCUCACUGCUGCCAUUUCCUAUACAAUGGAACAAGGAAGGUUCAUUAAUACUGAGUAAUUCUAUCGUCAUGAAAGAAACUCUCGUUAUUGUUCCAAAUGAGUUCUGCUGAAGUAAAAAUUCCCCGCAGACACUGCAAGUUAUUAUUGCUCAGAUAUUACAUUGUCACUUUAAAAGCCACCACUCUUCUGGGGAGCAGAAAAUGCUCUAACACCUCAUUCUUUGGAAAUGUAAGCACAUUUCUUUUGUUACCAUGUUACCAUGCAAAAUUGCAGACUUGCAAUAAUAGGUCAUUUGCAAAAAUAUUUAUGAAUACACCAAAGAGAUUACAGCAAUACUCACCUCUUUACAUGUGCAAUGCUGCAUUAAAUAUGUUAUGAACUUAA